CGCCGGGGCUCAAGGCCAGGCUUCGUUCGAACAGCGCCUCGGAUCGCUCCAGCAACGACCAAGCGACGCCAUGUUCGAGUCUAUUGUAAACAGUUUGCUGGAGAAGUAUUUGGCCCCAUACCUGGACAAUAUGUCGGCCUCGAACCUACGUUUUCGCCUUGGAAAGAUGAGCGCCAAGAAUUUGAAGCUGAAAAGCAGUCUCUGUGCAUUGCUGGGUUUCGAUGAGCUUCAGCUACAGGUUGGAGAACUGAAAGUGCUGGAGAUUGAAGUCCCCUUCUUUGCGCUGCUCUCAGGUGGCAUCACUGUGACCCUGGAAAAGCUCGAGGUGGACGCGGUGAUCAACGCCCUGUCGGAUGGCAAGAGUGGCGAGCAACGUUUGGAGGAGCUGCGGCAGACGCGGAUCGCCUCGGUGGAGCAUCAGGCCGCGCAGCAGAUCGAGGUUCGGAAACACCAGCGGUUGGUGGAAGCCGCCAAGCAAGAAGGCCGAGAUUUAGAUGCUGGCAUGGUGGCAAAGGUCGCCCGGCAUUUCAUCUCCAAUGUGAAGAUUCAGAUCAGCAACCUCCAGUGCCGCUUGUCGGAUCCGGAGAGCGGCGCGCAUGUGGCGGCGGAACUGGGGGAGCUCUAUGGACGGGCUCCUACGGAGGAGGAGCGAGAGAAGGCAACCACAACGCAGACAGAAGUGGAAGUGGCCCGAAGCACCUCUUCCUUUCAGGAGGAAGCGCACAUUGCGAAGGCCAUUGGUUUUAAGAACUUCUGCAUCAAAGGCGGCUACCAAGUCUCGCAAGAUAUCCUGACCCUCCACUUCUUGCAAGUGAUUCUACUGCAGGGCCAUGGGAAUAUGGCAGUGGAAAUUGAUUUUGGUUUGAAAGAAAACAGCGAUUCAGUGAGACUCGGCGUGAUGGCUGGAAUGAAAUUGUCACCAGACCAGAUCACUGCCUUGAUCAAGAUUUCCAACGCCCUGGGGGAAGAAAGCAACAGACUACAAGCACUUCUGGUUCCUCCAGGGGCGGAACAGAUGGUGAAUCUGACCACCAAAAAAGGCAUCAAAAAGGCUGAUGAUGAGUACGUCAGCUUGUGCAGCAGAUACUACCGCGAUGAGCUCGAGGGGGCGGUGCCCGGCAGGCGUUUGCCGGAAUUGACCAUGUCUGAAGAGUUCCGCUUGAAAGUCUUGCGCGAUGUGGUGCCUCUGAAAAUGCAAGCUGAAUGGUUCAUGCCAGUGAUGCAAGAUCUGCAGGAGGCUCGAAGGAGAGAUUCAAAAAAACACCGGUCGUGGCCCACUAAGAUGCUACAAAGCUUCAGCUGCUGGGCCGAGGACAGCGGCCAGGGGGAUCCGCACAAAAUUAUGAAGGAACUCCACAAUGAAGCGGAGGUGACCGCGGGAGAUCAGAUGACUGGCUUGAAAGAUGUCGUGGUGCCCAAUAAUCUAAGCAUGGAAUUGCAGAUUGGCACCUUGCAGCUGCGGUUGGAUGGUGAUGACGGGGAUGCCAUUUUGCUCACCACCCUGAAGUCAGUGGGAUUGGUCGCAGGGGUGACCCAGGGAGUUGACUAUCGCGGAGAGCAGAGUGCUGACUUCAAAAUCGAUUUUGUCUUGCAGUCCUUCAGCAUCACCCACCAUGCUGCUGACAUGUUGCGCUUUGGCACAGCCAAAGACAAGCCGGCGUUCAAGGUGACCGUGGACAACCGACUUGAAGAAACCCGGAACGUGGUGGCUCUGGAUGUAGCCAUGCAGCCGCUAGAGCUUUUCUUCGACGAUUCCAUCCUCCGGGAGCUUCGAAAGCUGCAAAGUGAAGUGACCGCCACGGCCACCCCCAGCCCCGCGAGAGAGGCGCAGCUGCCGGUGCUACGAGAGGAUAGCCUGAAGUCGCAGCAGAAAAAGAAAGAAAAGGCAGAGGACGAGGAGGUUCUUCAAAGCUACUACCAGAUGGGCAAGGCGUGGAUGGAGACGAGUUCGGGCCAGGAGAUGCUGCAGGAGGCGAAGAAACGCACCCCCGACGAGUUGGAAAUUCACGUGGAGCUCCAAGCACCACGGGUCUACUUCCCUGUGCGGGGCAAGGCUGCCGUGCACAUAUCCUUGGGCGUGUUGGAGGUGGAGAGCCACAACCUGACGCCUGACGCAGGGGAACUCGUCGUGAAGCUCCAGCCAGCAGCCCGUGAGCCGGUGCUGGCAGUGGUGACGCUGCAGGGGGUGAAGCAUCCCAUGAUCUCGAUGCGGCCGCUGAUCACCACAAUGACCUUCAACGACGCCUGCGCGCGGGUCAUUGUGCAGCUGGAGUCGAUGGAGGUUGAAGCCUCACCCGACUUGAUCCAAAUCUUGGCCACGGUCCCUGCAGUUCUCCAAGAUGCCAUGGCGCUGGAGGCGGCGAACCUGCGGGACAAAAAGACGGAGGAGGAACAAGCGGAGGAAAUGGCCGAGGAGGUCAAGCGCGAAGAACAGAAGGUGGCCAAGGUAGCAGCAGCAGUAGCAGAGGAAAAACCAACGCGUAUUCUCCAAGCAAUCCUGGAUAUCCAGAACAUUGGCAUCAUGCUGAACAGCGACAUCGACCGCAGCGCGCCGGUGCUUCGACUCUUUGUGGCCUUAAGGUCUGUAGAGGUCUGUCAGCAAGGCAGCAGCAUCAGCAUGCCACUGGAGACCAUGGCGCUGUCAGAAGGUGCACCUUGUAAGCAGAUGAUGCGGCUGAGAGCAGAUGGCUUCAACUUGGAGGUGGGUCGUUUUGAACCACUGCUGGAGCCCUUUGCGCUGUCGUGCCAGUUGCACAAAGACGAUGCUGCAGGCAUCGACGUUCACAUCUUCGGGCGAAAACCGCUGCUGCUGAAUUUGAACCCCUUCACCUUGCGUAGACUCCAGUGGUACAGCACCAGACUGGCUGGUUCCAUCGUGCCGAUGCCUCCAGAGGCGCAGCCGGUGCCAGUCCGCUACGCCCUGCUGAACCUCAGCGCCGUGCCCAUUGGGCUUUGCCUCAAGUUGCAGGAUAAGCCUGGCCAAAUAUGCUGGAUGGAUGUGCCUCCCACGGGGCAAGCCUGGCGUUGUUUGGAUCGCAUCGACUUCGCCUUCCCUCCCAGCCUGGGUGUUGCGGUCGCGAAGCCGCACCUGCCUGCGCAGCAGCGGCAGACAGAGCGGCUAGACCUGGGCCUAUUGAACUCAGUGAGGAUUCCGAAUUCGAACCUCAUGGUGCAGCUACUGCGACCCAGCGUGCUUGGGGCUGUGAUUCUGGUGUCUUCGAAAGUGUUGAUUUUCAACGAGACUUCUGUCCCUCUGGCCCUACGCUUUGACAGCGCCAUCCCGUUGGUGUGGACAAGCUGUGCUACCAGCGCUAUCGUGGACGGCUCAUCGCACCUGACGGAGUCCGACAUCCGUCAGGGACAAACGCCAGGCGCUGUUCCGUCCUGGCUGAUGCCUGGAGCCUUUGCCAGCGUGCCACUGGAACUGCCCCAGCAGGACGAGGAUGACGAGGAUGAUGAGGGUGCGACCAUCUGGGAAGUGAUGAUGAAGACCCAGCCCAACCAGUGGGGCAGAGCCUGCAUCAACACCAGCAGCAGCUUCGCAGACAUCCAGUGUGGGAAUCAUCACGUGCUGGCUGUGGUGGACUACAACCAAUCUGCACCACCUGCCUGCGAAGAAUGGCUGAGGAUAAAGCUGCUACCUCCAUUGCAACUCACCUCCUGCUUGCCUUGCAAAGUUGAAGUGCAAUACUACGGGCAGGAUGAAGAAGCAGAGUCAGCACGUGAAGUGAUUCUCUCUGAGACAGAUACGGUGCAAAUCUACGACCUCCCCUUCCCCCAGAGCGUCCGCCUUCGUGCGCGGAUUUCGGGUGGCACCUGGUCCACUUGGGGAUAUCUGGAGCUGAACGAAGAGGACAUUGGGGAACAGGAUCGGAUGAUGAGUCGCUUAGAGGCCGAGAUGCAGGUGGAACCCCCUGAUGCGGGCGAGUUCACCUUCGCCUUGCUGGACAAAGGGAACGGAAAGGUGCAGCUCUGCUGCCAGACUUGGCUCAUUGAUAGGACAGGCUGGAAUUUGGGGGUGAGCCGCGAGGGACCUUUGGUGGAUGCCGGACAUGGUGUCCUUCUCUGUGGCAACAACAUGAAGUAUCACAAGAUCAUCUCGAACGGCAAGUGCUCCACGGAUUUCUCCUUGCCCUCAGGUUACAACGACCACACGGUCACCUCCACUCCAGAGGGGGUCUUCGUGACUGUGCGUGCGCGUCCAUUGGUGGGGCAAGAGGAGGACAUCGUGCGGUGCCUGGAGAUCGUGCCCCGCGUAGUGGUGCAGAACGACACCGGGCAGCUGGUGGAGUUCAGGUCUGGUGAUGGCCGUGCCACCAUCCGCCCCGGCGAGAUGUCGUCGCCGAAGUUCACCGCGGAGACGGCCCAGUUCCGCAGCCAGGACGCGGUGAACUGGUCCACGGAGAUCCCAAUCACCGAGGACGUGGCAGGCACUGCAUCGAUUUCCGUCGGGAGUUCUUGUUAUACGCUGGACAUUCGUACAGAGAACGGCGUCAUUUUCAUCCUGCUUCUCCGGGGGAGUAAGUUUGCCUUAUGCAACAAGACGAAGCACGAUUGCGAGAUGCGUGUGCGCAACAUGCACUUCCGUGCCGGACCUGGUGCGGUGGUGGAUUUUGCAUGGACUGAUCCAUUUGACAAGGACAAGGAUAUGGAGGCAGAACUCAUUUUGGAUGAUGAGGAUUUCCCCAUCAAUCCUCGCAUCACCUACCACAAGCGCCUGCGUGGUCGGAUGGAGCUCUGCAGCUCGUUUGAGAAGACGAAGCACUUUCUCGAAGUUCGAGAAAGGAAUGACGAGGCGUUCACAGAUUCGGCGGUGACGCUGAACCUGGUGCUGCCACGCAUCGGCGUUUCGCUCAUGGGGCGGGCUCCACGACAGGUGCGCAUCUCGGAACUCCUGUACCUCGAAUUGGCCUUGCUGCAAGUGGUGGCGACUACGAAGCCAAAGCAGGACAAACAGAUGCUUCAUGUGGCCCUGGGAGACCUGCAGCUGGACUACCAGGUGCCAAACAACCCACUGCAGCACUGUGUCAUUCUGGGGAACAGAGGUGCUUCGGGACGCCGCCUUGCGAGGUCCGUGUUUCAGCUCCACGCGGAGCGCUGUCAGAUCUCCUCGCCGGACGUGCACCUCUCGACGCUCUCCUUCCGCCUGGACGAGUUGGAGGUCUCAGUAGACGACACGCUGAUAAGCACCAUGCUGGGAGUGGCGGACAUUUUGAUGCCAGCAUCGUCCAGCAAAACGGCAGCCGGCUUCCCUAUGUCCUCUGUGGAGCGGGUCCGGGAGAAGGUGGGCCAGGCAAUUCUGGAGCCUCGCAGCAUACCAGCACCAGCGGCGAUCUUCCAAAUCGACGACUUGAUCAUGUCAGCGAUCAGCGUGAAAAUCUGGGCCAGAAUCCGGCUGAAACGAGUGGCGUGCAUGCUCCCCAGUUGGGCCAUAGGCUUGGUAGGCGCCUUGUCCCUUUCAGACUCCAUGUCCAUGGAGGGUGCCACCAUCGCGCUGUCCCCGAAGUAUUUGAAGCACCUGCAUGGAAAGGUGGCAGAUUUGGCCAGCGGCUUUGUACGCGAGUGGAUGGGCAAUAUGUUGAGAUCUGUGGCGUCAGUGUUAGGUCACUCAUCUCUACUAGCGAUCCCACGUGCUCCAGUGGAUUUGAUCGAAGCGGCUGGAAGCUUUGCCUCUGACCAUGCUCCCAGUUCGGGCUUCGUUGACGCCAUGACCUUUGACCCGGAAUACGCCGCGCGCCACAAGCAUCAACGACAGCAACCAAUCCGAGGCGCAAGCGAAGGCAUGUCCACCGCGGUCAGCAGCUUCGGUCAAGGCAUCAGUGGAAUGCUUGACGUCUUUCGGAGACCGGUGGAAGGCGCCAAGAACGAUGGCGUCAAGGGCUUCGUCAAGGGCAUUGGAACUGGCUUUGUCAGUGGCAUGGUGAAGGGGGUCACUGGAAUCAAGGAUGCAGCCAUGGACUUUGGCCGAGGUCUGGUGGCGGAGGUGAAUCGGAAGAUCAACCCCACCCAGGAAGUGAAGAGAAGGGUCAGACAUCCCCGCGCGACCUAUGGACCCGUGGGAGCCGUCUUGGACUACUCGGAGCUGGAUGCCCAUGUCAUUGCCUACAUCCACAGCCAAGUUGACCCCAGUUAUGCCAUUGAAGCCAUUGUGCCCCUCUUCAAGUGGGAGCAGCCCAAAGUGCAGGCUGAUUCUGAUGGAGAGCUGGGACCAAGCUUUGAGGUCAUGGUGCUGACCCACGACAAAGUCUUGCUGGCGGAAGUACCAUACCUCAGGCUGUAUGAAGUUGAGAGCUUUUACCCAGAUGCGGGCUAUGAAAGAAGCCAUCCCAACAUGGUUCACACCCGCUUCCUCCAACACCUGCGCAGUGAACGGCCGAGCAGUCAACGAAGUCGCAGUGGCCAGUUCCAGAUUCGCCAGGAGUGUCCCUAUAGCUCCGUCCGCUCGGUGCGAUGGGCGACGGGCAAUGCGUCACAGAAACCGCCCUUGCUGCUGGAGACGGGUCGGCAGGGGUCUCAAACACAGCUGCUGGAAGUGUUGAUGCCAUGGUCAGUCUGUGAUGAGCUUCCCUCGGCAACGUGUUCUCUACUGUCAUCCAUUGACAGCGGCGUCUUGCCGCCAAAGAAGGUGGAGAUCUUGCAGCACACCUUGGCCACGCUGCGCUCGUCCCUGCAAGGGGACGAGCUGGAAAACAAAACCGUGGUGGAUGAGGAGUGCUGGGAAGUACAGAGAGCAGCAAUUGCAGCAGGCUUCGAGUCUGGCUGGCAGCCGCCUUUCUUGCCAACAGAGCCUGAACAGCAGCAGGGAUGGCUUGCGGAAGGCCUUGAAAAGCGCCAUCCCUUACUGGACCUGACACGCAGCAACUCACGAAAGAAGAAAGGGCCGCCCAUGAGGCAACUGCGCUUUUGGAAGCCGAAUGGCACCUGGCAGCGGGAAAUUAAUGAACACACCGAUGGUGAGGGCUGGCAGUACGCCACUGGUUGGGGCAGCCGUGACUGGCGAGCUUCCCCUCGGAUUAUGCUUGAUGUGGUGCGAGCACGCAAAUGGACCAUGAAGUACACCCUGAAUUUUGUGGCCCAGAUCAAUUCCAAAGCUCCAUCGCCCUGGCUUUCGCUGCCCAUGUCCGUCUCCCCCAGCGCCGCGCCCUCCGUCAGCGACGGCGACUCCCUGCCGCCGUUGUCGGCGCCGGUCUCGGCAGAACCUUCACCCAAGCGACACGGGCACCGACACGAGAGGGAGGAGCCCAAUGGGAAGCCGGGCACCAUCGCGGCCCGGCAACUCCACGCCUUGGCCUCUGACGCACACCUGGCGCUGCCCCCGUCAGCACCGCCACCCGCGCAGCCGCCACCAUGGCAGCCGCCACCCGCUCAGCCGCCACUCCGGCAGCAGCCGGCGUCCGCACCUGCGUCGGCGCAGUUGCCGGGGCCGCUGCGGCCGCGGGCGGCAGGGGAGACGGCAGUGGUCAAGACUCUUCCACUGGAAAGGAGGGCAGAUCGUGUGCAACUAGCCUACCCACGAGCGUGUAGUGUGACUUCACCAAGUUCCGUUCAGUCGAUGAGCUUUGUCCGGUCUCCCAUGAGCGCAGUGGCUCCUACGCAGAUGACCCCACGACCCAUGCAUCCGCAAGCAGUGGGGAGCCCCCAAGUGGUCUCAUCAAUCUGGCAUCCGUCGCAGCGGUCUGUUCAAGCCACAAGCAUGCCAGUGUAUCGUCCCCAGGUGGACGUGCUGGCGUCGAGCAGGUCCUCUGUUGCCAGCAGGGUGUCUGCUUCAAGGCCUCAGCAUCCCUCCAUCGUCCAAAGAAGAUGA